UCCAACCGGGGGGUGCGCUGCGUGACGCCUGCCGCUCUUAUUUUGACGUGACACUUCUCUGCUGUGUGCAUAUGUGGCCACAACAUGACGCAUGUGCGCAUUUAGCUGUUUUUCAAACGACGUGGUUCUGGACGCCGGACUGAUGCGCUCUCGGACAAGUUUCCCUGCUGAUUGGUAUGUUUCUCAUGUCCGACUGGGUUAACUUGAGCGUUUCUGUGUAGAGUCACACAGAGCCGAGCUCGGUGCAGAAGUUGGUUGGGGAUAAUAAUAACAACAGAGCGGAGCGCAGUGGAGGGGAAAACAGGUGACAGCGGCUGAAUUUACUACCAGCACCAUCGGCACCAUCUCCGUGUGAGGAUCCAAACUGCGGGGGACUGCUGCCGCUCACUCCUCUUCCUCUGUACACACUUCCAGUUUUUGUAGAAGCCAGCCAGUGAAUUUCAGGUCCUGAAACCACAGCUGCGUAAACUUGGCCAGAUCUGGUGACAUUGUACCCUCUGCGUGUGUGUGAGCGUGUGCGUGUGCUGAGCAGCCUGGAUGGAUAUGCGGCUCACCGAGGGAAUUUGAAAAGCAAGGGGGAUUACUAUCAGUCCGUCUCCUAUUAUAACCUCAAAAUGGAUGCCGACGACAGGCUGUGGAGACGCCAGUGGAUUAGCCACUCUUCCGCUGAUCUGCGAGACAUCUGAGCGGCUGACGCGUUCAAAGUUUGGAUAGUCUAAAAGGCUAAAGGUGUAGGAUGCAGUCUGGAGUGAAGACGCUCUCCGCAGGUGGAGGUGCGUCACUCUGCUGCCUGCUGCUCCUCUGGCUCAUCUACUCCCAUCUGCUCAGAGAGGGCCAGCUAGCGGUGGGAACCUGCGAGAUAGUGAUGCUCAACAGAGACAGCAGCGUUCCCAGACGGACCAUCGCAAGGCAGACUGCCCGCUGCGCCUGCCGGAGAGGCCAGAUCGCCGGGACCACCAGGGCCAGGCCGGCAUGCGUAGAUGCACGAAUCGUGCGGAGCCGUCAGUGGUGUGAGAUGGCUCCCUGCCUGGAGGGGGAGGUCUGCAGCCUCCUGUUCAACCGAUCCGGAUGGACCUGCACCAGGGGCAGCGGUCGCAUCAAGACCGUCACGCCUUUGCCCAAGGAACCAUCGUAGGAUACAGAGGAAAACAGCAAGUAUGGACUGAGGCUAAUCACUGCACCACAACAUUGUGUCCAUUCACCAGGGAGGCUCUCAAAUUUUACACCAGGCUUGACCUCCAGCGAUGACAAAAAAAGAAAAAAAAAAAAAAAGAAACAAGACAAACUAGAGCUUCUCCUAUCACCACAGUUGAGAGACACUUGUGAAAACUCUGAGAAGUCUCAAGCGAACAGCAUGGUACACUGUUGGCAUUAAAGCUUCACCUCAGCCAAAUCUGCAGACAUAUCACAGAACAAAAUCCCCGUGAGGAACAGUUAUCAUUAGGGUGGAAUAGUGGAAUAUUCAUUGAAGUACAGUGGAAUAUUCAUUGAAGUACAUUACCUUUAGUUGUCUUCACCACCCAACAUCAGGUCUGCGGGGGACAGCUCCUUGAAGAUUUUUCGGAUCUUUGUGGCUCGAUUUAGACUUGUCAGAAGGUCUUCCAAAAGGCAGUCCCUACAUCUUUGCUAUCCCCACUAUGAAGCCGUCCAGGUUAUAUUCCAGCCAGGUUUCUUUAAUGAUGGCUCGCUGCUGAAGAGUUGUGACUUUAUAGAGGCUGAGCCAGGCCAUAUCAUUCAUUGGAUUCUAGCCUUUCUGUCAUUUGCCUGGGUGAAACUUAACAAGGCCGCAGCCUCAGAAAUCUCUGCAUAGAUACACAGAACAGACACUGUGAAAAAAAAAGUCUAUUGGAAUGUCAUAGUCAAAACGACAGAGAUUAGUUGACUAUCUUUCUCUGUGAAUGAAGGUCAUGGUGGUGAAAUGUGGACAUUUUGGACGACUUAUAACUUGUGUUUUUUAUGUGGUACCAACAUAGACUAGAAGAGUAGUUUUUGUCAAAGAACCUCACACCUUGUACACCUUGUACACACCACCGGGAGCAUUUAGCAGAUGUGGACCCUUGGCUUAUUUUAAUGGUCUGUACUUUGUGUGUGUGUGUGUGUGUGUGUGAGAGAGAGAGAGAGAGAGAGAGAAAGAGAGCGUGCGCACACAUGUCUGCAUCCGUCCAUGUCUGACUGUGCGUGUGUAUGUUUGUGCACCUGUGUGUUUGUGUGCUUGCACGUCCAGCGAUACACUGUGAAAUAAGUCAUAUCCAAUGCAUUAUUCAUACUCUUGUAUAUUUUUGGGACAUGCCCAGACCAGAGUUCACCAUCUGGCAAAAAAAAGCAGUUGUGGUUUUACAGAUGUUGGAUCUCAUUUGAAUCUUCACUGAUGAAUCCUCAGUUUGCCUUUUCUUUUCUUUAUUGUCUUUAGUAUGUAGAGAUAUUUAUACUGGGGAGAAAUACUGUUGACCCUGGGAAUCUGGGGACAGAUCUUCAGUAUGUCACAUAAGUUAAAUUCUGUAAUUAAAAUCCAUUCAUGUGUGAUGAAAUGUAUUCAGAGUACUUGUGUAAAUUUACUAUAUUUUGAUAAGAAAUGUUUUGGCCAGUGCUAUUUGCUGAUUUCAGAUGCUUGAUAGAUUUGAAAUUAUGUGUAUGUACAUAUAUAUACAUAUAUAAAUAUACAUACAUAUGUUUAUAUAUAUAUAUAUAUAUAUAUAUAUAUAUUCAGUUGAUGUAUUUUAUGGUCUGUGGGUCUCAUUCCAAGAGAAGACAAAGAGCUGAAGGAGCACAUUCUUCUGAGGGAAGUACAAGAGGUGGACACAAUAACACGAACACCAGAAAGAUAUUUCAAAAACACAGAAUACAGUAAAACACAAUUCAAAUAUCACAACACAAUAAACUUCUAAUGUCUCUCUGAUGUAGUUUCAAAAAACAUCUUCACAGUGGUCAUGAUCAUUAAAGGAUGAGUACAACAGAAUGCAUUAUAUUGUACAGGUGUUCCUGUUAAUGUGUCUACACACUGUUUUUUCCAAGUAUUUGUACUAAAAGGUCCUGUACAUCUCCAUCUUAAUGUAUGCAUUUGAGGAUAUAAAGAGAGCGUCCGCUCCCGGGAGCUGUGGAGUGUGUAUUUGAUGUGUGUGUCUGAGUGUUUUCCAGGUCAACAGUGUUCUGUGUAGUGAGAAAACACCAAUUUCCACCUGAUCCCAUACCUUUGAUUUCAUGCUGCCUUUAUUUAUUUCUCCUGGUUUGCACUCACCAUGAAUAAAUCUUCCCUUUGAUUUGAGUCACUGCCAAUGCACGAACUGCUGUUGUAGUCGGACUCAGCAGGGCGGUGGCAGAGCAGAUCUGAUCUGAGCAAAAUCUGAAUUAGAUUAAUAAAGAAUAGAAGAACAAAUAUCCAGACCUUUUCCUCUACUUGUAAAUUUGCCUAAAAAUAAUGAAAAUUGACAGCAGGUAGACAUUUAUACCAGCACAUAUCAUCAAAUUCUGAGCUGAGUGAAUUUCCCUCAGGCUCAAUAAAGUAUCUAUCUAUCUAUCUGUCUAUGGUGCAGUGAGGUGGAGAGAUUAUCUUGGGCCGCAGACUGAGAGAGUGUUCUUAAAUUGUCAAGACUAUAAAUAUCUUUUGUUGCAUUCAAAUGUCUAUAUAUAAAUAUUUUAUACUUAUAUUUCACACUGUUCCUGUUUUGAAAGAGGCUUUGGUUGCAAAUUAAAACACUUUAGGCCAAUUAUUUUCCCAACAUGAUGAAGCAACAGUAU